GCGCUCGAGCGCGGCUGGCAAGGUUAGGUCCUUCCAGGCUCCCCCCUCUCGGGCUGACUGGCGUCAUCCGCGCGUUGGCGGCUCUUCACUAGCUGUGGGCACCGCGAAUGCGCUGUCCCAGCGGCCCGCGACUCGCGACUCGCGACUGAUCGCUGCUGGCGUCCCCGUGGGCGUUCCGUUGGCGCUCCUCCCCCGACCACCACGAUGCAGGUGCACGCUCCAAGAUACGGCGGGCAGCCGCAUCCCCAGUCGUCCCCUCAGUCCUCACACAACCAGGGCGACCCUGCAGACAGCGACGACGGACAGCUGAGCGGCGACGACUUGGACAACGACCUCGACGAUCACCACGACGUCGGCCGCAGCGGCAAGCGCAAGAGGCCCAUAUCUGUAUCAUGCGAGCUCUGCAAACAGCGGAAAGUGAAAUGCGAUCGCGGGCAGCCGUCGUGCGGGUGGUGUAGCCGCAACGGUGCACAAUGCGAGUAUAAGGAGCGCAAGAAGCCGGGACUACGGGCAGGGUACGGCCGGGAGCUGGAGCAACGCCUGGACAAACUGGAGGAGAUACUCAAGACACACUCCGAAAUCCUCCAAACCUCUUUCGGCGGCACCACCUUGAGCCCUGUGAGCCGGCACAGCAGCGGCCAUGACGGCGGCAUGGCACAGCUCAACGCACCACCGAGCGUGAGAGGCAGCAACGCCAGUUUGCCAAGUGACCAUGGCACGCCUCGAGAGCUAGGCCCACCGUCGAUAUUCUCACGGUCUGGCGGCGAGACGAUUCGGACGCCUCAGGCCGAGACCGCUCUGUUCCUGCAGAAGCCGUUGGCGCCGAUCGAAUUUACUUUGCCUCCACUUACACCGGAGAUACAGGACAGCUACCGGAACAGGGCGGGUAUUUCCCCGCAACACCGCGCCCAGUCAGUAAGCCAGCCUAGCGCGGCAGCCCAGGAGUAUUACGGUACUGUCCCGAGCGUAGGACAGCUGCUACAGUCGCCGACUGCGAGCAAUGCGCAGAGUCAGAGCCAGAUGGCUGCCGACGAGGAACUUCCCCCAUACGACCUCCUGUACGGCCUGGUUGAUCUCUACUUCAAGCACAUCAACACUUGGUGUCCAAUCUUGCACCGCAAAUCCACUCUCGAAUCGUUAUUCGGGCCUUCGAGGAUUGACGAGACGGAUAAAAUACUGCUGCACGCCGUCGUGGCGACCAGUCUUCGAUACUCGACAGACGCAAGACUCACAGAGGAAAGCAGGCGUCGAUUCCACGACGUAUCUAAGCAACGCGUUCUCCUGUACGGCAUGGAACAUUCGUCCGUCAAAGCGUUGCAGGCCCUCGUCAUCCUCGCCCUGGACUUGUGUGGUAGCAGUAACGGCCCACCUGGAUGGAACAUCAUGGCGUUGAUCACGCGCUCCGUUGUUCAACUUGGGCUGGCGGUGGAGAGCAAUUCGUUUUCGGUCUCGCCGUACUACACGUCAAUAUACACGCUUCGCGCCAUGAUUCUUCCCGAACCGCGCGACUUCAUCGAGGAAGAGUCACGGAGACGGCUUUUUUGGAUGGUUUACCUCCUAGACCGCUAUGCCACCAUCGCAACGGCCUUUGAGUUUGCGCUGGACGACCGCGAGAUCGACCGCAUACUCCCAUGCCGCGAUGACCUCUGGGUCAAGAACGAGAAGGUCGAUACACGGUGGUUCCGCGCCGACGAGAGCAAGCCUGAAGGACAGAGUGGCAGUGUCAACGGCAGUCCACCAGAGUACGAUGUCGACAGGCCAGAAAACCUAGGUGCCUUUAGCUACUACAUCGAGAUUCUAGGGAUCUUGUCCAAGAUCCACAAGUUCCUGAAGCGGCCCGUCGACAUCAGCGCUCUAUCAGACGUGGAGACGUGGCAAAUGCGCUACAGGGAGCUUGACUCGAUGCUGACGACGUGGAAGUGUGCGCUGCCCAACGAACAUGGCAACAUGUCCAAAAUGUUCCAGCCCGGGGCUAGCAAGACGCUCAAUUGCGGGUGGGUUAUGCUGCACGCCACGUACCAUACGGCCAUGAUCCGGCUGCACUCGUCGGCGGCGUACCCAACGACGCGGUCGCCCAUCUUCACCCCGAGCUACAGCGCGUCGCAGAGAUGUCACCGCGCCGUAGAAAACAUUGCGGCGCUGGGAGAAUUCGUCGUUGCUCAUGGUUUGUUGCCGAAGCUUGGGCCGCCGUUUGCCUUCACGCUGUGGGUUGCAGCCCGGGUGCUGCUGGUACACGGGAGCACCGUCGAGCGCAAGCUCAGCCCAGAAAUAGCAUUUUUUGUCAACACGCUCGGCGAGAUGGGCCGCUAUUGGCCCGUGGCUGCUCGCUACUCGCAGCUGCUAACCCGUGUGCUGGACGAACAUCGUGAGAGCGAGAGACAAGGCGGAAGCGUCACGCCCAGCAGCGUCAAGAUCUUGGCUGACAUGCGGCGGACCGCUUUCGAUCUGGACUUCCUUAUUAGCCACCAGCCGCGGCACACCCCGGCCGGCCUGGGUGGCGGGCACGGCGCGGCGGGCGGUGAAGGUGGCGGGACUGGCUGGCAAACCCGAGUCGCGAGCGUCACGCCGGUCAGGACACCGGCGCCGAAUGAGCUUGAAUAUCUCGACGUCUUCGACUUUUUCAACGUGCCCCGAUUACCUGUUGGGGCCGGGUCAGGUGCAACAGACCUUGGCGGGGUCAAGUCCCUGAGCACCAGCAUUGAGGGCGCGUCGAGUGGGUGCGGAGCAGAUGCCCAUGCGGCGAGCACGGGGCAAUUUAAUAUCACGAACUUUAUGGUUGAUGUGAAUCACGACUGGCUAUUCCAACAGGAGGGACACAAGUUUUUGGCAGCUUGAUGUGGCCUACCUUGUUACGAAUUUGAAGUUUCUUUUGGCUCCAGCAGGCGGGUAAUUAUGGCUGGUCUUGGAAAUGGCGCUCCGGCUUUUGGACCUAGGUCUUCGGAACUUGGCAUAAUAUCCUCUUGUGCUUGAAGCGUAGCGUUUUAGUUUCCCUGUAGGCGUUGAAAUGGUUUGACGAUCCUAAUGGCGGUCGGCGUGGCAAUUGGAAGGGAGCGGACCAACUAGCCCAUGAUGCGUGCCGCGUGCCGCAAUGCAACC